GCCCUCGCUAAGCACUGACCAAAGUCCCCGCUCAGCAUUGGCCAUUGCUCCACUGCUAAAUUGGUUUCUCCUUUUCUACACUUUUCUACUCUAUUCUUUUGACGUCACGUAUUUGUCAAACAGUUUCUUGGAAGACUCCAGAAACUCUUCCUCUCUCUAUAUAUAGAGGAAGAGAUUGCAUGUAUGUAGUCUUCACGCACUUCUUAAUUGAAUAUUCGAAACCACACCUUUGAGCUAUUCGAGGUCUGGCCUCUCACAUCCGGCAACAAUCCGGAUCUGGAUAAUCCAGCGGGGAGAACUACCGAAGGAUCUAGUUUUCAUGGAGUGAACCAAGGUCUGAUUACCAGUGUACCAUCUUACAACUACCAAAACGGAUAGCGGUACUCAAAAAUAGGUACGAUAAGAAAGUCAACCUUAGGGCGGGGCCGGUAGGAGUUAAUGAAAUCUCCACUAUUUGGUGAGGCUUAGAGGCUUCUUGAUUGCGCUAGUCAUCUUAGUGGAGCUUGAUUUCUGUACAGGCAAUACGAAGGGAGAUCCAGCCCUAUGAGCGUGGGUUUGAAAUGUGGAUUGCGCGGAAAGCAUCCAUGAAGGGGUUUUUGAGUUGGAGCGUUUACCGCGACGUGAUCGUCGAUUAAUAAUGCUAGAGUAAACAAUGCGGUAGUCUACAUAUUAUACCGCGAUGUCCAAAAAUAGUUUGCUUGUGCCGCAUUCAUGUUACUUCUUGUUUUUGCCUUAGAAUUGGGACAACCACACGUCUUCGAGCCGCUGUACUCAUGGAAAGCUUUUAGUAAGCCUGAUAAAGCACUGGGUACUGUAGGAUCCGAAAGCGGUAGAAAGUGACCGUUACUAUCGUCUGGGACUGCAGUCAUACCUUUAGUUUCUGGCUCCUUACAAUAAUGCCAUAAUGGUCACCGUUGAAUUACACUCGUGAUUCCAAAGACUUUUCGACAUGGGGAUUCGCGGGACGGGUCACGGAUGACUUCCCGGACUUUUUACUUCGGUUGCCGCAUGUCCAUUGCCUAGAACAGGGCAAGAAUAUUGAUGCCUUGAGAAGCAUAGGCAGGUGAGGAAUACUUCCGUUGGAAGGAAUAUGAAAUAGAUGAAUCAGAGUGGACCAUACGUCGACUCGUGGGGUCCUAGAACCCAAUCCGGAAUGCACAGCGCAAUUUGACUAUUCCAGGGUCGGCUCCCAUUGAGCGAGCUGUCACGGAGCUACCCCUUUAUGGAGAUACGCGACGUUUAAAGUUGGGGGUUUGCUUCAUUGCAUGUCUUUGAUUGGAUAAUUCGUAAAAUACCCCCGCGUAGACCAAUGGAAUACGUGGAUUUACCAGCUUACUUGCGUGCCAGUAGUAUUACCACCCUGUUAGGGCUGAGAAUCCCAUUGCUAUGCCACUCCCUCUGUUCAACGAUGUUCCCCAGUACAAGUUUGUGUGAGGAGUUUAAGAGUCUAAAGAGAAUGUAGGCUUUUCAUAGGUUAGCACCAAUGUACAAGGGCGCGGAUUUGGGAAAGAUCAUACGCCGCAUAGGCACCCUUAAUGCCGGUGGCAUUUUGUAUAGGUCUUAGAAAUCAAGUGUAUGAAAGGGUAGGAAUAGGCCUCGGGUGGUAUAUGGACGCUUACACCAUUGGUCCGCAUUCCAAUUUUCAUAGUCCCAAAACAAUCUGAGUUGCGGCGUGGUUCGUUAUGGUCACCACAACGGGUAACUACCCGAGACAUCGAGUCGCUUAUACGCUUGCAUCUAUUCCAUCUGGCAGGUUAUAAGUUGAACCGUAGGUGUGGUGGCACCAUCAAAAGCUUAAGCUUAAAGUGUCGCUCUCUUAUUCGGAAUUUCUUGUACAACGAACGCCUUAUAUAAUCAGGAACAUAGAAAACACAAAGGGAUAGAAUAACCUCAGCAUCAGAUAUGACAGAAGUAAAACAGUUCAAGAAGAGAUCCUCAGCUCCUAAAGUUCGAAGUGGAUGCAAAACAUGUGAGUACAUCCAUUUACAGACAGGAAACAUCAUUAAUUCAUUAUCUAGGCAAAGCUAGAAGAGUCAAAUGCGAUGAAGCCAGAAAUCUCGCAGGCUGCAACCGAUGCAUAAAAGCAGGAAUAGUGUGUGGCGGCUACCCACUGGAUCCAAACUCACGAAUGUCGUCCACUUCCACAGCCAGACUUCUCAUCGCAAGAAAUACAUCUCAAUCUAAAGAAACAUCUCCUUCAUCAGAUUCAUCGUCGUCUUCCCCCGUCUAUUUGUCAUCCCCGGCAUCUCCUGAGGGCAAGUGUAACUCCAGCGCAUCCAGAAGAACCAAGUAAAUCAACUAACAUCUCUCAAACUGUAGAGAGUCCACAUAAUCGGGUGAACUGGAGGGCACUCUUCGUAUCAGAAGCCGAGUACAAAUACUUCAAUUACUUCAGAACAGAAACCAUCCCCUCAAUAGCCGGCUUCUUCGAUUCCGUAGUUUGGGGCAACUUUAUGCUUCAAGCCUGCCAUAGAGAGCAAUACGCACGACACGCUGUCGUAGCAUUAGGAGCAAUUCACAGGUCCACCAUCUUCAGAACGCGCAGUUCCAUGUCUGGACAACGGAGUCAGGAAAGAGAAGCAGUUGUGGGAGCAGACCACGACUAUGCGGUAAAACAGUACGCCAAAUCUCUACAGUUCAUGCGUCAACUCGAUUUAGGCGGUGAGGAAAGUGAGUAUAACCUUCGAAAUGCUCUCGUAUCCUGCAUUUUUACACUUUCCUUCGAGUUCUUUUGCUCGGGGGGCUCGGGGGUUCGACAGGCUCAGAUGGGAAUUCAACUCUUAACUAGAUUCCUCGAGCAGCGACAUGGCUCAAACCUGCCAUCGAUAGAGAAGAUCGUUGUGAUGGUCGACCUGGACCUCAUUGGCAUAUUUGCAAGGAUACAAACGGGGUUGCACAAACGUUUGAGGCCAUCAGUACCCCUUGAAGACUACCCCCCGGACGGCCAUUCGGACGAACGAUUUUUGGGAAAUAUGAUGCCCGAGUUUUAUUCGAUAAAAGUCGCUCGGUUUUAUUGGGAUAUCCUGGAACGGCGUACUGUCCGUUGGCGAGCUGCAUAUGGGUUUGAAGAAAAUUCAUCGAUUGCCGGAAACAGUCCCAACAUAUAUCUUUGGAGUCGAUAUAUAAGAGCUCAUGUACCACGACAUCUGCUUACAACCAUGAACGACCAUAUAUCAAGACAUGCCGGGGACAUAGAACGGUGGCAUCGGGCAUUUUUACCUCUGUUUGUGCGAAGCAGAGGAGAAGCAAGAUCGAGUAUCGGUUUCCAAGGCGCCAGUAUUUUGCAGAUGAAAUAUUUCAAGGUAAGAUGUGACGAGAAAUAAGUUGCCAGAACUCUGCUGACUUUUUGUCCUUACCAGUCGAUGUUUACAUAUGGACCUGGACCAAAUAUCGAUCCCGCAUUGCCAAUUGACUCGAAACCAAUUGUUGACAUAGCACGCGAGCUGCUAGAAAGUGUGCAAACUCUAGGCAACAGAGAGCACGACCCACGAGCGUUCUUUUCCACAGAUGACAGUGUCCUCGGUUCUUUAUUCGAAGCCGCAGUUUGUGGGGAAGACAUGAGUGUUCGCCAAGAAGCAAUCAGACUUAUGCGCCAAUAUCCACGACGGGAGGAAUGUUGGGACAGCAGCCUAACGGCUACAAUAGCUACAUGGUUUAUGAUGGAACAGGAAAGAUUGGGAACUUCGUGGAAGACACAGUUGGAAACGGUGUCCAAAGAUUAUAGAACUGCACAAGUAACAGUACAGUGCUCCGCGAUGGUGGAUGGACAACCGAUACUGCUUGCUCCUGUAAUACUGAACUGGUAAUUGAGACGACUAGCACAAGUGUUGAAAUAAUUAGAAACGCCCGCCAGCCUCUGCCUUCCUUGAAUGGCACCACUGCCCCUAUAAGCAACAAGAAAAGCUUCAGCGGUGUGUAUAUAUAGCACGAAAGGACCUCACUCGAGGUAUUAGAUACCACCUUUAGAAAUAGAAGAAUCUGGCAGCUAGCAAAGACAGUGAGAUGGAAUCGAGUGGUAGAAAGACGUGGGUUCAUCACUGCAAGCGCUGGCUAUUUCCUACCGAAAGUAUCACUUUUCACCACCCUCUCACAGUUGUGAGAGCA